CAACAACAGCUUGAAUAUGCAUAAUGUGAUCGAUGACAAAUUGCGGGGGACUCAAUGACAAAGUGCGGAGACGCACAGCGCCUUCGGCUCCCACAUAUAAUCGCAAGCUGACCAAGCCAAGCUGAAGAAUCUCAUGAAGUGAACCUUGAUCUCUCUUCGUUCAACAAGCUAAGGAACUCUCCUAAUCUUGCGAAAUUCAAGAAUUCAACGGGUCUGGCAAAUACAACUUCACACUAAACGUUAGCGACUCACCUCAACGAUGGCCUCAGCAACAUCCUUCCGCCAAAUCGUUGGCGCCCCUCCCUCGACGGCCUCACCCACCGACAGCACCCUCAUCAUCAUCGACGCCCAGAAUGAGUACGCAGAAGGCAAACUCGCCGUUCAGGACGUUGCCUCCUCGCGGAAGGCCAUCGCCGCCCUGCUGCAAAAGUACCGCGACGCAGGCCAGCCCAGUAGCAUCGUGCACGUCGUCCACGACACGCCUGAAGGCGCUCCCCUCUUUACCCCCGGAACCAAGCUGGCUGAGGAAUUUGACGAGCUGAAGCCUAAGGAUGGUGAAAAGGUGGUGAGGAAGCAAUUCCCUGGUUCCUUUGCAGGGACGGAUUUGCAGGCGCAUUUGGAGGGUUUGGGAGCGAGGGGGAAGAAGGUUGUGUUGACUGGGUACAUGGCUCACGUUUGUGUGUCCACUACCGCGAGACAAGCUGAUCAGCGUGGGUUCGACGUUUUGAUUGCUGAGGAUGCGGUCGGUGAUCGUGAUAUUCCUGGCGUCGAUGCUGCGCAGCUCGUCAAGGUUGCUUUGAGUGAGAUUGGUGAUGCUUUUGGUACUAUUGUGCAGAGCAAAGACAUUGUUUAG